AUGGCCAACGAAGGCGAAACCCAGUCUGUUGGCCAUUCCGAUCAACCCCAUCCCAUUGCGCGCUCCGAUUCCUCCACUUCUACAAGCCCUUCAGACCACAACGAGCCCAUUAUUCACCAGCGUAUCCCUCAACGGCCACCGUUGCCCACUCGAAAGAGCAGUGGCCCUCUAGUGGUACCCCGUGACAGCUCGGCUGUUGGCCCUAUCGAACCUAACUUUGGGCCGGAUGAUGUCAGGGCCGUGAGCCCCAGGAGAACUAGCGAGGAACUUGAUAAGAUUGGCAAGGAGGCGCGAGAAGAGAUGAGAAGACACGCAGACGCGCUUCAGGACUCUCUCCUCGCAAUUUUCAGCCGCAUCGAGGCGGUGCGCGAAGAACACGACAAGCUCGAUAACAACAACAAGGUCUUGCAGAAGUAUAUUAGUGAUCUGACGAGUACCAGUGAGAUCACAGCUUCUGGAAGCCAGAGAAAAUAG